UCAAUCACUUAAACAUCAAAAGCAGAAAAGAAUAAAUGGAAACGUUUCACUUUCAUUUCUUAUACGUUUUUAGCUGCCGGCGUAUCAUUUAACGUUAUAUUUUCGAUAUUCGGGUCGCAAAUGUCAAGAUGGAGAAAAGUUAGCUCACUUGGAACAAUCUGACCUAUACUCAAGAAAAGUGACCUGAUUUUUUUUUCGAAAAGUAAGCGAUUGCUUAGUGGUACAUUAAAAGCUGUUUAAAACUAGUGUUAAUGUUUAGUGUCUUCGCAGUAAGAAACUAAAUCCUCACGGACCUUAACGCCAAAGCGAGCACUAGUUUGUUGGGACAGCGGAGCGAUAUUUACUCCGCCUUCCCAGACUAUUUCACUCGAGAAUCUGGAGGACAUGGCACGGAGAGACGGAACGAAGGUGCUCUGAAAACGAAAGAAAUGUAUACAAAAGUUGGGAUUACGGGCUAAAUGUUUACAAGAAAGAUCACUGUCAUGAUUCGCACGCAUUGUUGAAAGAAGGCUGACAGAGGAAACCCUGACUGUGGGCAAUUUGAAUGAAGUUAGCCAAAAGAGCAUUGGUAGUUCUCAAGAAAUGAGCACUUCCUUAUAAGACGUGUGUCAGACUUGCACCAGUGAGGCCUGCUGCAGUGUAUCAGUUCAACAUAAGUCCUGAUUUGAGCUCCUACAGACUACACCCCCCCUCUCCAUCAGUGGUAGUGACCCAACUCCGGACAGCUUGCUGGAGGGCCCUUCCUGAGCAGCAGCAGCUGCGUCCUGCUUGCUCACUCCUGGCCCUCCCCUGCUUCCUGUCCUUGGUCAGACAAGGCUAAAAUCUCCUCUCCCCUCACCCCACCCACUCAUCGGUGUUGGCUUUUCAUACUUGCACACUUAUAUUACUCACUCAAGCAACUUCUUUUGUUGAUCAAACGCUCACAGACUGUGUUGGGUUAAUAACGCUCUUUGGAGAUUACCUGCUGACUGAUUUUUGGCCCCCUUGCAUAGGCCCAGUGUCAUCGCGAAGGAAAGUUCCUCUCUUUUACCUGCACUACAACUUGCAGAAUGACUUCCAUGUCUAGUUUGUUCUCCUUCACAAGUCCGACAGUCAGGCGCCUGCUCGGCUGGAAACAGGGAGACGAGGAAGAGAAAUGGGCAGAAAAGGCAGUUGAUGCACUUGUGAAAAAGUUGAAGAAGAAGAAGGGUGCCAUGGAAGACCUGGAGAAAGCGCUGAGCUGCCCUGGACAGCCCAGCAAGUGUGUUACCAUUCCAAGAUCACUGGACGGCCGGCUGCAGGUUUCCCACAGGAAGGGUCUUCCUCAUGUUAUCUACUGCAGAGUGUGGCGCUGGCCGGAUCUACAGUCCCACCAUGAGCUCAAGCCUCUGGACAUUUGCGAGUAUCCGUUUGGCUCCAAACAGAAGGAGGUGUGCAUAAACCCAUAUCACUACAAGAGAGUGGAGAGCCCUGUGCUUCCUCCUGUCCUGGUACCACGGCACAGCGAGUUCAACCCACAGCACAGCUUGCUGGUACAGUUCCGUAACCUCACCCACAACGAGCCACACAUGCCCCUGAAUGCCACCUAUCCAGAGUCCUUCCAACAGCCGCACAAUGGGGGUGGCAGCAGUGGAGGAGGUGGAGGUGGCGGCAGCUCUUUUUCCAUUUCUCCCAACUCUCCAUAUCCUCCUUCUCCAGCCAGCUCUGGUACUUAUCCAAACUCUCCUGCCAGUUCGGGGCCCUCAAGUCCAUUCCAACUCCCAGCUGACACCCCACCACCAGCCUACAUGCCCCCUGAUGAGCCGAUCGGCCAGGAGCCCCAGUCCAUGGAAACGAACAGCAGCCUGGUACCGCAGAGCAUUGCCAGAGGUGAUGUGCAGCCAGUGGAGUAUGAGGAGCCCAGUCACUGGUGCUCUAUUGUCUACUAUGAACUUAACAAUCGUGUCGGAGAGGCUUACCACGCUUCAUCCACCAGUGUGCUCGUGGAUGGCUUCACUGACCCCUCAAACAACAAAAACCGCUUCUGCCUCGGACUGCUGUCCAACGUCAACCGCAACUCCACAAUCGAGAACACCCGCAGACACAUUGGCAAAGGAGUGCACCUGUACUAUGUGGGAGGGGAGGUGUAUGCAGAGUGCCUCAGCGACACCAGCAUUUUUGUUCAGAGUCGUAACUGUAAUUACCACCACGGCUUCCACCCUACCACUGUGUGCAAGAUCCCCAGUGGAUGUAGCCUGAAGAUUUUCAACAACCAAGAGUUUGCUCAACUUCUGGCUCAGUCUGUUAACCAUGGCUUUGAGGCCGUCUAUGAGCUUACCAAGAUGUGUACAAUUAGGAUGAGCUUUGUCAAGGGCUGGGGAGCAGAGUAUCAUCGACAGGAUGUCACCAGCACCCCCUGCUGGAUCGAAGUGCACCUGCACGGGCCGCUUCAGUGGCUAGACAAAGUGCUAACACAAAUGGGUUCUCCUCUCAACCCAAUCUCUUCUGUGUCCUAAUACUGGACUUGUGAGAGCCUGGGAGACCCGUUAUGAAAAUCACCCCCCUCGCCCCCAAAACCCCUCAAUGAUUUCUAAUUUAAAACGGUCUUAAUGGCUGAACUGUUUACACUUACUUUGGGAAGGGAUUGGCUAAUAAUUCAACAGCACCUGCAGCCAGCAUCCAGUUGUUGAAAUGGCAUCAAUGUUGCAAGAAAAUACCUGGAGAAAGAUGAGAAUAUGCCCAAGUAGCAGUGACGACAUGGACACACUACUGCUUGACAAUGCUACAAUACCUACAAGAACUGAGGGCUCCAUUGUCAAGCUUGAAUCUGUCAAAUGUUAAUUUUUUUGCAUCAAGUUUUAUUGUUUGACGAAUAACUUUUUGUUUCUCCAUAUGUGUAGUUUUUAAUGAAGCAGAACUGUUUCACUACUCUGCCUUGUGUCUGACAAUUUGAAAUUUUACAAAACACUUUUCUUACGUUGUUGUCUCAAUGUCAAAUAUUUACAAUAAAGAUAUAGACAUGACUAUGUUUACCAUUAGACUCAGAUAUAACAUGCUUUCUUUUUAUAGUCUCUACUGCUAGAAUUGAACACUGAGCUACUGCCUUUUAAGAAAGUUAUGUAUGCCAACCUGAUAGUUUUUGAUAUGGGAGAUCAAUCACUGAACAAGUUUAACAUGCCAUAAGCUAACAACAUUGUGAAUGUUACAUCUGUCGUAAUAGAAGUAGUCAUAUAUGAUAUAAUCAGAAAGUGGACGCCAUCAUUAUUGAUUCUUGUUUGUACUCUCGUGUUCAAGUAAGAGUGGCUGUAUUUUCCAUACUCACUGUAUUAACAAUAUUGUGCACUCAUGAAUUUUAUGGAGGCAUGUUGGAUGGGUUUGGCGUGGGUACCAAGGCAUUAUGUUGAUAAAUAAUUUGACCUCCUUUGCUCAAUGAAAUAAAGGGGUUGUCUGGUAA